AUGAAAGGAGGGCCGCCAUUGUUGCCAAAGUCUCCAAGAUUGUUCAGAGCAAUAGGCUUCUCAAGGCUCAACUUCGACAGGAUGUGGUAUUGGUGGGAGCAUACUGGGAGAGAAAGACAGUUUACCUUGUCCGUCGGAGAUAGCGCAAUGGAGAGCUUUAGGAUUGCCCUCCGCACCAUCUUUCCCGACGCUUAG